AUGCCACACACUGUCUCUCCUUCUGAGACCCCCGUCAUGCCGACCGUUGUCGCCAAAUCCCCCUCCGGGUCUUCCCAAGUCUCCCUCGAUGGCGCAUAUGCUGUUGCCAAUCUCCUCCUUCAGAGUGUCGGUACUGCCGGUCUCCUCAACUACAAUGUCGUCGCUGAGGCCCGCAAGGCCGCUGCCGAUAAGAAGAACGGCGCCAAGCGCGAGAGUGCCAUGUUGAUCAUCGGUGCCCUCUUUGAGCGCUUCCCUCGCGAGUUCCCUCUCAGUGAGGCCGUUUUCCUUCUCCAAGAUCAGGCUCUUCUGAAUGUCGUCUUGGAUUCCUUGGCCGACAAGGGCGCCGUCGUCCGCGACGCCGCUCAAUACGCCGUCGAUGCCCUGUACGCCUGCCUCAGCCCCGAGGCCAAGGUCAACGCUUUGGUCCCAGCUCUGGAGAACUACCUGAGCAAGGGCAGCGGUAAAUGGCAAGGAUUCGUCGGUGGCUACUCUCUCCUCGAGAAGAUGGCCGUCGGCGCCCAGAUGGGCACUGGCUCCCUGGAGGAAGAGCGCGAGAAGGAUGUCCUGCGCGAGGCUCUCGGCAAGACCCUGAAGGAGCUGAUCCCCAUCGUCGAGAACGGCAUGCACGAUCUGAAGAGCGAGGUGGCCAAGCAGUCGACCAAGUCGAUGAAUGCUCUCACCACUCUGCUCUCCAACGACGAUGUCGCUCCCCGUAUUCCCCUGCUCAUCCAGACCAUGGAGCAGCCAUCGGCCAAGACUCUCCAGAAGGCCAUUCACGCCCUUUCUCAGACCACCUUCGUCGCUAUUGUCACCUCCCCCGUGCUCGCCCUCCUCACUCCUCUGCUCGAGCGAUCCCUCAACGACCCCACCACUCCCCAAGAAACUCUCCGCCAGACCGUUGUUGUCGUCGAGAACUUGACCAAGCUGGUCCACGACCCCGCCGAGGCCCGUACUUUCCUGCCCAAGCUGCAGCCUGGUGUGAAGAAUGUCGUGAACCGUGCCUCUCUCCCUGAGGUUCGUGAGCUGGCUACCCGUGCUCUCGAUGUCAUGGACAAGGCUAUGGCCGAUAAGGAUGUUGCCUCCGGCUCCGUCACCAAGACUACCCCCGAGGAGGUCCUCGCUGUCCUGAACCCCAAGAUCCAGGAGCAAGGAGGUUUCAUCGGCUUCGGCGAUGCCAAGUUCCACGACCUCACCAAGAACUACGUCGCUAGCAUGGUUCGUGAGGCUAUCAACGCCCGCAUGCUUGACCGCAUCCCCUCCAACAUCACCCCCUAUCUUCGCGGUCUGCUUGCCGAGGACAGCAUCGAGGCUAUCUCCACUGCCGUCCUAACUCACUUCACCGAGGAGGAUGAGCGCAAGUUCGGCAAGCCUGUCCAGGCCGACCCCAACGAGAUUGUCAUCGUCAACGCCAACUUCUCCCUUGCCUACGGUGGUAUGCUCCUGCUCUCGCACACCAACCUGCGUCUUGUCAAGGGUCACCGCUACGGUCUUUGCGGUCGCAACGGUGCCGGAAAGUCGACUCUGAUGCGCAGCAUCGCCAACGACAAGCUGGAGGGUUUCCCUCCCCCCGAGGAGGUCCGCACCUGCUUCGUCGAGCACAACCAGGGUGAGGACGCUGAUCUCAGCAUCCUGGAGUAUGUUGCCAAGGACCCCGCCGUUGCUGGCGAGGGCAAGGAGCACAUUAGCAGCGUCUUGACCGAGUUCGGCUUCACUGAUGGCCCCGAGGGUCGCCAGUCCCAGCCUGUCGGCUCCCUCUCCGGUGGUUGGAAGAUGAAGCUCGCUCUGGCCCGUGCCAUGCUUCUCAAGGCCGAUGUCCUUCUUCUUGACGAACCUACUAACCACUUGGAUGUUGCCAACGUUAAGUGGCUGCAAGAGUACCUUAAGAGACACACCGACAUCACCAGCUUGAUCGUUUCUCACGACUCCGGCUUCCUCGACGAGGUCUGUACCGAUAUCUACCACUACGAGCAGAAGAAGCUGGUCAACUACCCCGGUAACCUUGCCGACUUCGUCAAGGUCAACCCCGAGGGCAAGAGCUACUACACUCUGUCUGCCUCCACCGUGCAGUUCAAGUUCCCCCCUCCCGGUAUUCUGUCUGGUAUUAAGUCCAACACCCGUGCCAUUCUCCGCAUGACCAACUGCUCGUACACCUACCCUGGAGCCCCCAAGCCUUCCCUCCAGGAUGCCUCUCUCUCCUUGACCCUUUCGUCCCGUGUCGCCAUCAUCGGUGGUAACGGUGCCGGAAAGUCGACUUUCAUCAAGAUGUUGACUGGUGAGACCAUUCCCCAGGGCGGCAAGGUCGAGAAGCACCCCAACCUGCGUAUUGGUUACAUCAAGCAGCACGCUCUGGAGCACGUUGAGAUGCAUCUCGAGAAGACCCCCAGCCAGUACAUCAUGUGGCGUUACGCCAACGGUGAUGAUCGCGAGGUGUUCCUGAAGCAGACCCGCAUCUUGACCGAGGAGGACAAGAAGCAGCUGGAGACCCCCAUUGACCUUGGUGAUGGUCGUGGCCCCCGCCGCAUCGAUACCCUGAUCGGUCGUCAAAAGUACAAGAAGACCUUCCAGUACGAGGUCAAGUGGGUCGGCCUGCUCCCCAAGUACAACACCAUGAUCUCCCGUGAGACCCUGAUUGCCCGCGGCUUCACCAAGAUGGUGCAAGAGUUCGACGAUCACGAGGCUUCCCGUGAGGGUCUGGGUUACCGUGUUCUCGACCCCAAAACCAUCUCCAAGCACUUCGAGGACGUUGGUCUGGAUCCCGAGAUUGCCAACCACAACGAGAUCUCCGGUCUCUCCGGUGGUCAGAAGGUCAAGGUCGUCCUUGCUGGUGCCAUGUGGAACAACCCCCACUUGCUGGUCCUUGACGAGCCUACUAACUUCUUGGAUCGUGACUCGCUCGGCGGUCUCGCCGUCGCUAUCCGUGACUUCAAGGGUGGUGUCGUGAUGAUUUCUCACAACGAAGAAUUCGUCGGUGCCCUCUGCCCUGAGCAGCUGCACAUUGCCGAUGGUCGCGUCGUCAGCCGCACUAACACUGCCAUCAGCCUCGACCGUUUCGAGGACAGCGCUGCCAACUCUCCCUCCGCCCCUGGUACCCCCGCCGGCGUUUCCGCCGCUGCCUCGGCCGCCACCAGCGCUGCUGCUUCGGCCGUCAACUCUGGCGCCGAGGAUGGCGGAGAACUCAAGUUCCGCGCUAAGAAGAAGAAGAAGAUGACCCGCGCUCAGCAGAAGGAUCGCGAGGUUCGCCGUCGUCUCCGUCAUAUUGAAUGGCUCAACUCUCCCAAGGGUACCCCCAAGCCCGUCGACACUGACGAUGAGGCCUAA